UUCCCUCCUGGGUUUCACUGUGUGGGGUUUUCCUUCUCCCUUAACUGAAACUUCCUAUCCAGGCACACCAUUUUUCUCAUGCCAUCCAGGCACAUCUGUCUUAGGCAAUGUGCAUGUGAGGUGGAGGGGUGUUGUUUUUCAUUUUUUCCUUGUAGAGUGCAAGCACAAGAAGGAGGACACGUCGCUGAAUACUGAGCACUUUAUGGUAGACGUUGACGCUGAGGGUGAGCAUGGUCCAGGGAGCAGUGUGCUAUCUGCAUUCCAAAGCACAGCUAUAAAGGAAGAAGCUGAGGAUACUUUGAGAGCAGAAGACAAGAUCAGCCCUGUAAAGAAGGUGGGGGAAGAUGAAAGAUACUGCAGCCUGCAGGCAACUGGGUCAACUUCCCAAGACUCAGCAGCCCUUGAUGGCCAACUCGACCUUGCCUCAGUGUGUGAGCAGCUGUCGGAUUUCCUCGGUGACAUGAAGGCUGUGCCCCCACUUUCUGUGGCUGAAUUUGCACAGAAGCCUGCAGGUCAAUGUGAGGGUUCUUACUCCGAUGGGAUUGAAAAGGAGGCAAAGAAGAUAAAAAGUAAGGACAGAAGUGAAGUAUGUGCUGAGAAAGCAUCUAGUGGAAUCCCUGGAGACCUCUGCGGGCAGGAUGUGUGUGGCCCAGCUACUUGCCGAUCAUCCAAAUGCAAUUCAAACAACGUUGCAGCUCAGCAGUCCUGCAAGGGGCCUUCAGUCCUGGAAUCUGGAAGUAGCUGUGAUGGGACCAAGGGAAAAAAAGAGUUACUUGAGAAUCCUGAAUUUCUACCACUGGUCAGGAAGAAGUCACGCACCUUCUAUAGUGCAGAGCAGCUAGAAGAGUUGGAGAAGAUGUUCCAAGAAGACCACUACCCUGACAAUGAGAAGAGGAGGGAGAUUGCUGCUGUGGUUGGUGUAACACCACAGCGUAUUACGGUCUGGUUUCAGAAUCGCAGGGCAAAGUGGAGAAAAUCGAAGAAGUUGAAUGUGAAAGGCAACAAAAAAUAUCCAACAUCAUCAGCUCUGUCAGUCCCCUUUGGGUCAGAUGGUUAUGGGGCACCUCUUCUGCCCAAGCCUCCACUGCCUGACGCUGCUCAUGAGCCGUCUGCCGUACUGAGUGUUGACACUACAGCUGGGAACUACUCCAGCCUGCUCAGUGGACAUCCUGCACCACUCACCUCCUCCUCAGUCUCUUCAGUGGCAGGAGUGGUGGCAUCUUGUGAAACAGUUCAGGCAAAGGCGUUACCGCAGCUCAAGUUGAGUUCCAGCAGAAUGGAGGGCUUCCCUAAUCUUCCCAGCCCUCCACCCAUCCGCAGGGCCAGCCUACCCCUUGGUCUGGCCUUCAACUCCCAGAGUCAUAUUGUUCCCUUGAUGCUGGACACUCCCAACAGUGAAGGCAGCUUGUCCAGUCAGGAAAAUGGUUCCAGGGAGCCCUUCGCUUACAGCAUCCAGAAUCAAGGCUUGAGUUCACCAGUUUCCUGCAAUUACCCUGAGCAGCUGGAGUCAGCAGGCAACCUAGAGACCACGUACUGUCAGUACAGCAGCCAGGGUGGAAUUUACCAGCUGCCCCAAUAUCCCCAGCAGCACCAGCUCUCCCAGUUCCACCAUCUGACAAGUCACCUGGCCAGCAACGUGCUCGCCAGUGUCCGCCUCACUCCAAUACUCGCUGAGUCCCAUGCAGCUUUCCUCGCCUGCCCUGGUAACAGUGGAGUUGCAACCUAUGGGGCAGCAGGAGCCACACAAGACAACGUACAAAACCACAUGGGGGGACAGCUCUUGUUACAGCAGCCAAGUGAAAACUCGGCAGGCAUCACUGCCUAUCAAGCUGCCCACUGGAAUGAUUUCUACGUGCAGGGAGCUCCAUUCUCAAAUCAGUUGUGCUCACAAAUGCCAUUUCCUAGCACAGCAGGACAGUACUUCACGGAGCAGAUUUCCUACAACCAGCCGCCCGGCCUGCCCUCCUCUCCGUAUUUUCUUCAGGCGCCGAAUGGAACAACACUGGGAUCCAUGCCAUGUACUGGAAAACAAAAGGGAGUGACACCACCAGACCAGAGCUCAUACCAGAACCCCCAAACAGAGCCAGAGUUGACUUCGCUUGCUGAAAGAGAGGAAGCAGAGAGUGGCAGCAAGAAAGGAGAGACUAUUGUUGAUAUUCAAGAACAAGCUAAUGACUGAUGUGGCACACUGAGAAAGAAAAAAAAAACAAAGGAGGAGGAAACAUUGCUGUUUUAAACUCUGCAAAAUAAGAAGAGAUGGAAAGACAAAUAAUAAUAUUUGCAACAGAAGCACUUUUGGGGGGAUUUUUUUGUUUUGUAUUUUUUUUUUCUUGUUGCCAUGAUUAUUCUCCCGCUGAGGAAAGAAGCAGGGAAAUUUCAACCAAUAAAAACUUCUGGUUUGUG